AGUAUAUAAUGCAUGUUCACCGUAAGAAAGAACCAACAAGGACAUUCAAACCUUACAUCAUCUUUCCACUACAACGUAUUAAACCAACAAGACAAUGGUUGACUUCAAUCUCUCCCCGGCUCAACAGGCCAUCCGCGACGCCGCCGCCCAGUUUGCAACUCAGCACCUAACCACUGCUCGCGCCGUCUACGCCGACAAAUUGACCCCUUCUGCAAAGUUCCGGGCAACACAGCCACUUUACGAAAAGGCCGUCGCCGCUGGGCUCAUCAAGUCCCAGAUCCCAGCCGCCCAGGGCGGCACAGGCGGUGCACUUAUUGAUGCCGUCUUGUGUGUCGAGGAGCUGUACGCUGUGGAUUGCAGCGUUUCGCUGACCAUCUUGGCAACGGGCCUCGGCUUGACGCCGUUGAUCUUGGCCGGUACUGAAGCGCAGCGCAAGCAGUUCUUGGCGCCGUUUCUUGGAGAAGGAUCGCCGUUGGCCAGUUUGGUACAUUCUGAACCUGGAGGUACAGCGAACUUUACGGAACUUGGCGGCGAUGGGGUUGGUUUACAGACAACGGCGAGGAGGGAUGGGGAAACAUUGGUAAUAUCUGGAGACAAGAUGUGGGCAACAAAUUGCGCUGGCUGGGAUGACCGUGGCGCUGAAUUGCAAUGCGUCACAUGUCGACUCGUAGAGGAGUCCCGAAUCGCAAUCAUCCUCGUUAGUCGUGCAGACAUUGCUGCAAACGAUGACUCCAGCUACCAAGUCAUCUCGCAUCCAUCCACAGUCGGUCACCAGGCCGUGUCCGGCCCAUACGUCCGCUUCCAGGGCCUUCGCGUACCAAUGGGAAAUAUGCUUAUAGGGUACGGGGUGGAAAUUGCAGAGGACGCCUUCACCACGUCCGCCGUCAUCGUUGGGGCCAUGUCCGUUGGCGUUAUGCGGCGGUGCUUCGAGCUCACAUUGGCCUUUUGCAGGACAGAGAGGCGCGGCGGCAAGGUGCCCAUUCUGGAGAGGCAGAGUGUGGCAGACCUGCUUAUAUCCAUUAAAAUGCGAUUGGAUGCCAGCAGAGCGUUGACGUGGAGGGCAAGCUGUGCCCUAGGUCAAACACCCGACGGCGCAGAACUCGCAUACGAAGCCAAAGUGUUUUGCUCCGAUAAUGCAGUCCAGGCUGUCGUGGAAGCGAUGAACGCUGUUGGAGUGUCGUCGUAUAAUAAUGAGCUGGGGUUCGGAGAGUUGAUGAACGACGCACUAUGCCUCCCUCUCUUUGACGGGGGUAAUGUUGGUGUGAGACGGAGGCAGAUCCAGCGGGCUUUUAAGAACUCAACUAUUAAGAGCAACAUAUAACUUAACUAGCCUUUUAAGUAAGGAGUCGGGGUGAUUACGGAGACUAUUAUGUCCUGUAUUCAUUUUAUUAUCUUUUUAUUAUC